AUCUCUCACCACGCCUCAAAAUGGCCAUCUAUGCCGUCUCGGCUCGAUUUGCAAGCCCGGACGUCCUCGGAGGCCCGGCGUCGUCCAAGCCAUUUGCUCAGUUUGCCAUGAACCUCAAUAAAGGCUCUGAUCUCACCAUGGAUGAACUCAAGGCAUCUCUCCUGCUCUAUAUUUACGAAAUGUCCGAGACUAUGAGAUGGGAUACAGUGGCGGAAAUCGCGAGGAUCACCCGCAUGGCAGAACUCUACUAUGCUCUUCACUUCGAUAGCAGAUCCGGCGAGCCGAGUAAGGCCAGUACCUUUGACGACGGGAUGAACUUGCGGAGCCAAGAAAGGGACAUCAGCUCAGGUCGUGCUGCUGAGGAAUGGAACAGCGUAUGGUGGUGCAUCUACUCGCUUGACACGAGCUGCAGUGCUGUUGCAUCAUUCUCCAAUCCCAUUACCGACAACCUACAAGCAAAGAUGGCACUGCCGGCAACAUCGGUUUCCGAGUUCACGAAUCAAUCGCUCCGUGACCAAGAAUCGUCUGAAGAUGGGUCACAGUUUAUCAUUCCUUCAGCCGGUGCGAAGCACUGGGAGGCCGUGAGCAUGAUAUUCUCCAAGGCUUCGUGUCGCAAUCGGAACCUAUAUUUCGGUGCAUGUUCACUGAUGCGAGCAGUUACCGACCUCCGAUCUCUCAUGAUACGGAGCCGUGGCCGUGAUAUAGAGAAGCGGCUAUACGAGCUUGAGAGCGACUGCACGGCAACGUCUUUUGCACUCCCUCCGUGGUUUUUCAAUGCAACCCGUAACUUGGGCGUUGUCGAGACAGACGAGGAACAUCAGCGUCGGCUAGAUGUGCUUCUUGUUUGGUCAGGGGCAAACGUGUUGCUGUCCAUUUGUGCAACAAAGAUCAGCACCCAGAGUGCUUGCUCGGAGCUCCAAGUCCUAUGGUUCACAAUCCUAUCCAAGGCGAACGAGACGGUCCGGAUAAUUCAGAACUGGAAGCCUGGCUAUUUCAAAGCCAUAGAUCCCAUGUGCUCGUACCUGAUACUGCUCUCCGCAUCCGUCCUCGCUUUCGACGGCGAGCUCGGCGCUACAAACACGUCGACGCCAUCUCAGUCGAAGUCCAGUGAACACCUCGACCUUCUCCAGUUGUUCUUGGAUCAGAUGGGAAUCAACUGGCCAGUAGAUACAUUGAAGUUGUUGCGGGCUAAAUUAUCGAGGCAGAAGCCGGUACACGAAGACGCCCUCAAUUACCUCAUCCACCUCACCAGCCCCCUCAACGGAACCCUCAUGUGUCCUGACAAGAAUGGUGUCGAUAGGCAAUCGCCGCUCGCAGAGGACGCCUCGUCAUUCCGCUUCCCAGCCGGCAGUGCCUCGGCUGUCCCAGGGGACUCGACCACAAAUUCCAACGGAGAGUCGUCAGACAAUGUUGACUACCAACUUCAGAACUAUCAGUGGCUCGAUGAGUUUGAUCUUGCAAGCUUGGACGAUGUUACUGCGGGAAUGGAUCCGCAGAUAUGUUUAGAGCAGUUCUGA